AUGGAGAAUGGGCUCCCAAUGCUCAACUGCUUAUUACAGCACACACUCAGAAGCUUAUGCUCCCAAUCUUCUAAUUCCUCAAACCCUUCAAAAUGGGUAUAUGCUGUCUUUUGGAGAAUCCUCCCAAGAAAUUAUCCACCUCCCAAGUGGGAUCAUGGAGGAAGCCUGCUCGAUCGAGCUAAGGGAAAUAAAAGAAACUGGAUUCUUGUAUGGGAAGACGGGUUUUGUGAUUUUUGCGAGUGCGAAAGAGAAGGACGUAAAUGCUCGGGUACAAGAUUUGGUGCAGAUAUUUUCUUCAAAAUGGCCCAUGAAGUCUAUAAUUUUGGAGAAGGAGUUGUAGGCAAAGUUGCGGCAGAUAACGGCCACAAAUGGGUUUAUAAAGACAGCCCAAAAGAAGUUGAUCUUAGCUUCAUCUCUUCAUGGAACAUGUCCAUUGACCCUCAACCAAGAGCAUGGGAGGCUCAAUUCAGCUCAGGCAUUGAGACGAUCGCAAUCAUAUCCGUUAAAGAAGGAGCUGUUCAACUCGGCUCGUUUGAUAAGGUCGGUGAAGAUAUAAACAUGGUCACGAGCAUACAAAGAAAACUAAGCUACAUACAGAGCUUACCGGGCAUACACGCAAUACAAAGGCCAUACCAACCGAUCCAAGACUCGAUUUUUCUUGACUAUAACAACUCCCAAAGACUAAUAGUGCAGACGAAUGAAUUUGAUGAUCGUAAGUAUCACAUGAUAGGAUCGAUAGGGCAAAAUUAUGAGAUCCCCUCAAAUGGCUUGCCUACUUCUAAGUCCAUCUUUUUAGGGUAUAAUCUUUUGCACUCAAGUGGCAAUCUUGGAGCACCUUUUACGAAAACACCCUUUGUUCAAGUACCACAUUGUGGUCCCGAAGGCGUUGUGAAUAUUUUACAAAAUAAUAACAAUUUGAAGGGCGAAGAAUAUGAUGCGGCGUUCGAUGAUAUCUCGGCCUUUGAUGUUAAGGUGCGUAUAUUAGCCAGUAUGCCAAAUGACAGGCUUCUUCAAGAUGAAAAGCAUAACCAGGAUAGUGUUGCAAGACAUGAGACGAUGUUUAUCGGGUCAGUGGUCGUCGGUGGGACUCGUUUUUUCACGUCGACUUUCCAGAGUUCUCUGACGGCUUUGUCGCGUGGGAGUUUCUCGAUUAGAUGGCAGCAGUCGAGUCCGUCCUCGACUAUAAGGAGGUGUCGGAUGAUCGAUGCUUGGCUUUGGUCGCGACCCGUUUGCGCAGUUAGGCCGCCGCUUGGUGGCAACAUCACAAGAACUCGCGGCGCCAGCCUAGAAAACCGAAAGUUACGUCUAGGGCGAAGUUUCAGAAGCACAUAG